CGAAGGGUGAUUCUGUCUGCCCCUCAGGCGAUGUUGCAUUUUAUCUUCACACUCGACCAAGCCACGAUCGCGUCGGACCCUCACAUUGGACGCCUGUCUAUGAAGAGGUCCAUCGCCAAUGGCUCGCGUCAACACAGCCCCAAGCCCCUCCUUGUCGCCAACUCAAUUCUUACCAAACCCCAAAUCUUAUAUCUUCACUUCAAACCCAAACCAAUCUAUCUUGCAAUGUCCCUGAGCGUUUGUACACACCAUGGCAGACCCUCUAUCUAUCGCAGGCCUGGUCACAGGCGUGGUCUCCCUCGGCAUCCAGCUUCACAACGACCUCAAGAUCUUCCUCGACAUCGUCAAGAAUCGAGAUGAAGAUAUCGCUAAACUUACACGACAAGCUGCGACCAUGGCUCAGGCCUUGGACGCCAUUGACCGGUCUCUACAGAACAGCAGCCAGGCAAAAACUGGAGUCGUCGAUAGUGCUGCUAUCAUACCACUUCUCGACGCAUCGCGCCAGGAAUUGUUGCUUCUACAGCAGGAAGUCGCGUCCCUCACAAAGACAUCAAAGGGCCAGAACCCGAAGGCCUCAGUUGUGGUAGACUUCGCCAAGGCCACAACACAAAAGCUCAAGUAUCCAAGACAGCGCGCCAAGAUCGAGAAACUGGAGGAGGGUUUGGACCAAGCAAACACAACUCUUCAACUCGCCCUCGAUGCCUUUGGACUGUAAGUUGUCUCAUACUCUGAACCCCAUCCGAACUAAGUUCCAUCAAGUCGAAUACCGAAGCGAUGGUUCAUGGCCUCAGCCACGUCCAGAAAACACUUCCAGACGUUGAAGCUUGUGUAUCGAAGCUGUCAGAAAAACUGAUGGCAACGAGUCAAACGGCCACGCAGAGCAUCCAGAACAUCGAAGCAAUCCUCAACCUUGCCAUAUCCUCCCAUCAAUCCGAUCUUGAACAGUUUGGGCAAGCACAAUCCAAUGAGUUCAGCCAAAUCAAGCAGCUGAUUCAAGACCUUUCGCUGAGGAUGGAUGCCAAUGCUUCCACAGGUUCAAAGGACAUUGAAGUGAACCGGAACCUGGCUUGUCUUGUGUCGAAGCCAAGCGCACUCAAAGUACUUUGCGAUGAGUAUUCUAAUCAACAGCCCCAGUCGGAGUGUCCAUCAGACGCAAACGCCUGGUCUGUCUGUGCUUGUCAAAGUCGCCGAAUUGCCACUCGGCGAUCUGUUGAUUGGGGUCCCUUUCGACUAUCCGCGGAAUCCAAGGCAGAACUCGCUCACCAUGAAAGCUGCCAAUGGGCCCAAUUCGAUGCGUCUAAACGGUCCAAAGCCAUAAGUCUUGCCUAUCGUGGGUUUACUCGCCUACUCCGACAUGCUGUGGUUCUCAACUUCCGUUUGAAUCUUGGCGCUGGAGGAUUCAGCUUUGGCCCAGGAGUUGUCCAUUAUCCUGUCGUGGAUGAACGUGUUUACCCACCAUUUAGGCUUGUUCACUAUGUUGUUCGAGCCAUGAAGACUUUGACAGAGCCUCUAUUCGAGCCAUUCUCGUCAAGACAAAGGCGUACCUCUCAAGGCAAGAUUAUACUUUUGUCCGUGAAGCACAGUGUGUUGAAAGCCUUCAGCGUGCAUAUAUCGCGCGCUUGUUGCGACAGAACCAUUGUUCCCCGAGCGGUCAACACCCGUGGUCAGACAUUACUACACUGCAUUUCCCGUAUUAUCGAGAAUUACGCAUGCGGCCGUGUAAUCAUGACUCUUCAAGGGUCGUGGACCCAAGGCUCGUGGACCCCAUCAAUGGUAGCAUCAGUACAUGAGGUUCUUUCAACAUUGAUCAUGUGCAAUGUCCCAUUGACAGUUCACGAUGAUCUCGGGAGCCUUGCACACUUGACGAUAGCCAACUGUAUACGAACCACAGAUGAGAACUUGCUAGCUUCCAUGACCAGCAUCCUUAGGCUUCUCACCCCAGAAGACAUGGAUAUCGACCCCUCAAAGGCUAAAGAUUGGCCAAAUCUUUUCGGUCCUCCACUCGAUUUUUUGAUAACCCUCCCCGAUCCUUACAUCUUUAGCAAAGCAUUCGGUUCCAAUGAGUUAGGUACUGCAAUCCUACAACAUAACAUUUCAGCUGUCAAGUCUCUCCUAUCCCGCAGUCCCUCUUUGGCAUUUGAACGGGACCUGAACGGCAUGACCCCAAUUCACCACGCUGUGCUUUGGAAGGAUGGCUUGUCACUACUUCUGGAGCAAGUUCCAGUCGAGAUCUUCGAGGAGGACUUGGCAUGGGACAUCUUUCAAUACGCCUUAUGUGUUGGCGGAAGGAAUGAUGAAUAUUUGCGAUCGGUCAUGUUAUUCCUUGACCAUUCGUGGUACUUCGCUCCCUGUUCAAGCCAAGGCCGAGGUGAUGGUACCAUUGGCGUGAUAAUGAAAAAAUCUUCACUGGCUACCCAGAAGAAGUUCUUGUUACAUCUAAAGCAAGCUCGGCUGGAACUUGUCCCCCAUUCCCUUCAAAGUGAGACAGUCCAUGGCAUCAUUGACCAUCUGCAGGAAAUAGCGGCGACACUUCCCCCAGGCACAAGGCGCGCAAGACUCCAAGCCGGGGUUGAUUCCUUCGACAUCUUCCGAUAUAUAAGAAAUGCAGAGACGGCAGAUGCUGCCUGGCAGUCGGGGUUUCAUGAAGUGGACUACCACCCAGCUACAGAAUUCCCACCCCUUGCAGACGGCGGUCACACCGCAGACUACGUCCUUUGGCUGUUGGAUCAUGACGCGGACCCGUUCCAACCGCUCUACGACACUCAAGAUCAAAAAGCCUCGAUACUGACAGCUCACAAAGCUAUCGGGUGCAUUCACUCGCCAAUUGGGGCCUGGUCGGACGAUAUAGAUGACUGGGAGCUCAAGGUUCUUGGACCAGCCGCGCAAGAGGUGGCUCGUCGGUUAUGUAGUAAACCAGCUACGGACAGUUGUCUAUGUGCAUGCUCUCCAAAUGGCUGCACGCCAUUCCUCAUCUUGUUGACGACCUUGAUUCGUGGAUCCCCUUACAUCUUGAGGUUCACAUCUUCUCGGGCCGAGGACUAUGCUUUGGAGUUUUGGAAUGUUCGAACAAUAUUAUACGAAAAUGACGGCUUCGUAUGUCAGUACGAUGAGCAGUUUCAGGAGGCUUUACGCCUUUUCACAUGCACGGCUCUCGGUAUCCGACACACGUGUUGCAAGAUGGCCUGCCGCCAUAGCGACGAUGAUGCUAAGGAAAUCCGCGAGGAGGACAGCGAGCUUGUGGGUAUCCUCGAAACUCUGAUGGAGCAAUGGGAAGAUGUGCGCUUCAAAUCCACAGAUGAGUUUUGGCGUUUCCUCGAGGGCGGCUGGGUCAUCCGUUUGAACGAGGUCUUCGAAGGUAUGCGCCAGAUGGACCAGUCAGAGGAACACAAGGUUCAACUCGAAAGUCUCGGGGUUCAGCUUCAUGUUCCCAUCGCGGAAGCCAAAUCUACAAAGCCGCGUGUACGAACGAAAGGGUUCAUCUGGCUUGAAGAGAGUUUCUGGUUGGAUCUUCUGGAUACGGUUGCAAAAGGAGGUGAUACUCGCUAUUUUGACCGCGUCCUUGAAGAUGCCACGCUGCUUGAAAGGGGGUUUGCGCUCCCAGGGAGAUAUUUUUACGAAGAGGAGGAAUGGUAGCAGGAAUGAGAGCAGGAAUGGGAGGGGGAAUAGGAAUCACGGUCUCGUAGAUCAGUGCUCGAUGGAAACGAUAGGAAUGGUCAUGUGAGAGAAAAGAUUGGAUGAUGGGGUAUCAUAAGAGCAUGAAGUACUCCAAGACAUAACAACGAAAUAUCGAGACAGAAAAGCGUUGCUUUUGAGUGUUUUUGCG